AUGCGUUGGUCUAAUGUACUGGAAUCCAUUGCAAACUUUCCAACCGCAUCUUUGGAAGUGAGGUUUGUUAUCAUAUCCUCUUUUUCAUUUACAGGUUCUACAGAAUCCACAUUUGUCUCAUUGUCUUCUUCCAAAUCCAAUAGACGUCCAAAAUCAUCAACCAUAAGUUCGUUAUCGUUAUUUUCAAGAAAUUCACUUCGAGUCGCAGGCACAUUUUUAAUAAAUUUAUAUAUGGAAAUAAAGUAUAUGAAUGCUGCUAAUAGUAUUGUUGAAUUGAAAAUCGAUCGUGAUAUAUUAGGGUUUCCUUUAUUGUUGCGUUUAUUUUCCCCAAAACGCAGAGAACGUAAGUGGUAA